AUUCAAGACUUCGAUUUUCAGCCUGGUGCCCUCGUCCUCGUCCGCAACUCCGAGAAUGAGAAGAACUUAUCCGGCAAGACCAACCCCCGCUAUUUUGGCCCACUGGUCGUCGUGCGACGCAACUCCGGCGGCGCCUAUGUGCUCGCCGAGCUCGACGGAUCCCUCUCACGCCUGCGGUAUGCCGCCGCCCGCCUCUAUCCCUUCAGCCCACGCGCCCACGUCACCAUCGACAUCUCACACCUCACCAGUCUCUCCCCCACCGAACUCGAC